GAUAUUAUAAAAUUGAUGACAACAUACAAGAGAUCCAGGAAAAACAAAAGAAGCCUCUGUGUCAAGUAAUAUUUAUUGAUGACAAUGAUAAAACAUUGAGUAAAGAAGAACAGAAAGCACACUUCAUUCGGUAUCAGAGAACCUAUUCAAGGGAGAAAUUUCAAUAUGAAAAAUGUGGGAAAUCCUUUUGUACAAGUUCACACUCUAUUCAGCAUUCUGGAGCUUAUGUGGGAUUCAAACUUUAUGGAUGUAAUGAAUGUGGGCGAUCUUUCACCUUCACUUCAGGUCUAAGAGCACAUCAGAGAAUUCACACAGGUAGGAAGCCCUAUGAAUGCAGUGACUGUGAGAAAACUUUUACCCAUAAUUCAGCCCUCAGAGUACAUCAGAAGAUUCACACAGGGGAGAAACCUUAUGAGUGUAAUGAAUGUGAGGAAACUAUUGCCCGUAAUUCAGUGCUUAGAGCACAUCAGAAAAUUCACACAGGGGAGAAACCCUAUGAAUGUAAUGAAUGUGGGAAAGCUUUCACUGAGAAGUCAUAUGUUUGUGCAUGUCAGAGAGUUCACACAGGAGAGAAACCCUAUGAAUCUAAUACAUUUGGGAAACCAUUUGCCCUUAACUCAUCCCUUAGAGUGCAUCAGAGAAUUCACACAGGUGUAAAAUCCUAUGGAUGUGAUGAAUGUGGGAAAACUUUCUCCCGGAAGUCAAACCUUAGUGUACACCAGAGGACUCACACAGGGGAGAAACCCUAUGAAUGUAAUGAAUGUGGGAAAACUUUCUCCCGGAAGUCAGAAGUUAAGGCACACCAGUGGAUUCACACAGGGGAGAAACCCUAUGAAUGUAAUAUAUGUGGGAAAACAUUUGCCUUUAACUCAAACCUUAGAGUGCAUCAGAGAAUUCACACAGGUGUGAAAUCCUAUGGAUGUGAUGAAUGUGGAAAAACUUUCUCCCGGAAGUCAAUUCUUAGUGGACACCUGAGCAUUCACACAGGGGAGAAACCCUAUGAAUGUAAUGAAUGUGGGAAAACUUUCUCCCACAAGUCACACCUUAGUGAACACCAGAGGACUCACACAGGGCAGAAACCUUAUGAAUGUAAUGAAUGUGGGAAAACUUUCUCCCAUAAGUCACACCUCAGUGCACACCAGAGGACUCACACAGGGGAGAAACCCUAUGAAUGUAAUGAAUGUGGGAAAACUUUCUCCCAGAAGUCAAAACUUAGGCUACACCAGAGGAUUCACACAGGGGAGAAACCCUAUGAAUGUAAUGAAUGUGGGAAAACUAUCUCCCAGAAGUCAAAAGUUAGGGCACACCAGAGGACUCACACAGGGGAGAAGCCCUAUGAAUGUAAUGAAUGUGGGAAAACUAUCUCCCGGAAGUCAGAAGUUAGGGUACACCAGAGGACUCACACAGGGGAGAAACCCUAUGAAUGUAAUAUAUGUGGGAAAACAUUUGCCUUUAACUCAAGCCUUAGAGUGCAUCAGAGAAUUCACACAGGUGUGAAAUCCUAUGGAUGUGAUGAAUGUGGGAAAACUUUCUCCCGAAAGUCAAUCCUUAGUGGACACCAGAGGACUCACACAGGGGAGAAACCCUAUGAAUGUAAUGAAUGUGGGAAAACUUUCUCUGGUAAGUCAUAUGCUAAUGCACAUCAGAGAGUUCACACAGAGGAGAAACCCUAUGAAUGUAAUAUAUGUGGGAAACCAUUUGCCCAUAACUCCUCCCUUAGAGUGCAUGAGAGAAUUCAUACAGGUGUGAAACCCUAUGGAUGUAAUGAAUGUGGGAAAGCUUUCUACCAAAAGUCACACCUCAAUGCACACCAGUGGACUCACACAGGGGAGAAACCUUAUGAGUGUAAUGAAUGUGGGAAAGGUUUUGCCCAUGUCUCAACUCUCAGAGUACACCAGAGAAUUCACACAGGGAGAAACCCUAUGAAUGUGGUGAAUGUGGGAAAAUUUUUGUUCGUAGGGCAACUCUUAGAGUACAUCACAUCAGAAUGCAUACCAGAGAGAAAACCCUAACACAUCAUGAAUUUGAGAAGUCCUGAAUUAACUCAUACCUUAUUUUAUACCACACAGCAGAGAAACUCUUGUCAUGUAGACUGGAAAAUUGUUUUCCUUAACAUUUUCCUUUUCCACUAGGCUCAUAACUUGUUGAAAAUCCCAAUCUCAUUCAUCCAGGUGCGCUGACCAAAGAAUAUGAUGCUAAUGAUAUCUAUUACAUUUAGUCCUGGCCCUUAAGCAUCUUAUAGUCUUCCUGGUCCAUGGUAAGAUGGAAUUGAGAUGAUUUCCACAGAAAGUUGGCUUUUGUGUGUUGAAUGUGGUGGAGCACAGUGUCAAAGGAAGCUGGUGUCUGGAUAACUGUUUGGAAUAUAAUUCUCUGCUUCCAGAUCUUCAUCAAUUGUUUAUUUUCAAGCAAGAAUUAAAUUUGUUUUCCAUUGAGCUCUCUGAUUUGACCUAUUAGUUAAAUGCAUUGUUUUCCUGUCUCUCUAUUAGACUGGGAUGAAAUCCUAUUAACAUAAUACAUUUCAGAAGAACUAUUAGAAAUCAGUUUUAUUGUAUAUCAGAGACUUCACAUGAAGAAGAAAAUUGUCAACAUCCUUAAUGAUCAGAAGCCUUCACUAAAGUCAGAGACAUUUCAGGGAAAACCACAAAAGCCUUCACAACAAAAUUAAUUGCAUUAAACAUCAAAUAAUUAGGAUAAAAUUUUAUAUUUUGAAUAAAUGAUUUUUAACAAAUAUUGAA